CAACUUCUUAAUUACGUCUUGUGCUUACCUCUGUGAUUGAUAGAUCCAACACAAAAGGAGAUACACAGCAAAAAUGUUGAACUCUCGUGACUACCACAGCCACAUCUCACAGGUGCACAGGACUCCCAGUGUUCUCCCUGAUGUUCCCAGGUACCCUAAUGCCUAUGCGGCUCUCAACAAGGAGGUCGUCUACGAAGACGAGGGACCUCGCUACCACCACCACCACCACCAGAACCCUGAAGAAAGAGAGAGGGUUGAGGUGGUAGAGUACGAGAGAGCUGACAACUAUGGCAACACUGAAGUCGUCUAUGAAGAGUCUGACCGAUAUGAGGCGGACCGAUAUGGCAACCCCAGGGGCAACAAGCUCUACAGGUGGAAGACCUACAGGGACUAGGCUCACCACCAUCGAUCUCCACACACAACAUGAACCAGUAAUUUGCUAGGCAGGUCAUAUAUCAUUAAUAAAUCCCUCACCAUUGCUAAAUGGCUGCUUGUAUGAAUAAAAUGCCUGCCUACCUUACCCUACUGUUGUUAUUGUACUGUACUCUCCUACUUAUGGGGUGUUACUUACUAAUAUGAAAGAAUGAACAGCAGAUAUGCUGUACUUUUAUAGUUUUCAA